AUGGUACAUAAGGCAGAGUUUUUACCAUCCGAAGGCACCUCUAUCUCUUCAGUAUUACAAGGAGGAUAUAAUCAUCCUUUAGCAAGAGAAUGGCAACAUGAACGUCAACUUACUAAGAACAUGUUUAUUUUCCCACUCUUUGUCUCUGAUAAAGCAGACGAAGCUACCCCAAUUGAUGCAUUACCUAAUAUUAAGAGAUAUGGUAUCAAUAAAUUGAUUCCAUACGUGGGUAGUCUUGUUAAAAAAGGUCUUAGAGCUGUCAUAUUAUUUGGGGUUCCAUUAGCUGAUGGAGUAAAGGAUCAUUUGGGAACAGCCGCUGAUGAUCCGGAAGGACCAGUGAUUUUAGCUAUCCGCAAAUUAAAAGAGAACUUCCCAGAUUUGUUCAUUAUGUGUGAUGUUUGCUUGUGUGAAUACACUAGUCAUGGCCAUUGCGGAAUCUUGUACGAGGAUGGAUCUAUUAAUCGUGAAGAGUCUGUUCGUAGAAUUGGUGCGGUAGCAGUGAAUUAUGCUAAAGCUGGUGCUAACUCUGUCGCUCCAUCUGAUAUGGUUGAUGGUAGAAUUAAAUACAUCAAAACUGGCUUAAUUAAUGCUGGCUUAGCCCAUCAAUGUUUGGUCAUGUCCUACGCAGCUAAAUUUAGUGGUAAUUUAUAUGGCCCGUUUAGAGACGCAGCCGGCAGUACUCCUAGUCAUGGAGAUAGAAAGGCUUACCAGUUACCAUCUGGAGGAUCAGGUUUAGCGCGUCGUGCUUUGAUAAGAGACAUGGAUGAAGGUGCGGAUGCUAUUAUUGUAAAGCCUUCCACUUUCUAUUUGGAUAUCGUUAGCGAUGCCGCUAAGCUCUGUAAGGACUAUCCAGUUUGUGCUUAUCAUGUUAGUGGUGAAUAUGCAAUGUUACAUGCUGCUGCUGAAAAGGGUGUUCUUGAUUUAAAGGGUAUAGCAUUCGAAAGCCAUUACGGUUUAUUACGUGCUGGUGCAAGACUUAUUAUCAGUUACUUCACCCCAGAAUUCUUAGACUGGCUUGAUGUGUAA